UUUAGCAUCAAACCAUUCUCUAAUCUCAACAUUGGUGUUCACUUUAGCCUUAAUGUUCUCUUCAAACAAUUAAAGACUGAGCAGAGAGAAAUAGAGGAAGAGCAAAGGAACUCUCAAAGUUCCCCCAAACACUUCAAAAAAUGACUUCUUCAGGAAUUGAAACAACCACUGGCCAAGAAAUGCUUGACCUUGAGAAAAAUGGUCGAGUCGAGAGGGCUAAGUGGGUGCUCAAUGCUCCUGAGCCACCCAGUCCAUGGUGCCAGCUCAUGGGUUCCAUAAAGGAAACCUUAUUUCCUCAUGGUACUGGGUUUUUGACACCUUUCAAGAACCAAAAUGGGAAUAAGCCUGUACUUUCUGUCUUGCGAGCAAUAUUUCCAAUUCUUUCCUGGUGUCGAAAUUACAAAGCAACCAAAUUCAAGAACGAUCUUUUAGCUGGUCUAACUCUAGCUAGCCUCUGCAUUCCUCAGGGUAUUGGAUAUGCAACCUUGGCUAAGCUCGAUCCUCAAUACGGCCUUUACACAAGUGUAGUCCCACCUAUUAUAUAUGCUCUACUGGGAACUUCAAGAGAAAUAGCUAUUGGACCAGUUGCUGUGGUUUCACUUCUUUUGUCCUCAUUGAUUCCAAACAUACAAGAUCCUGAAGCUAAUCCAGUUGCCUUCAGAAAUCUCGUUAUUACCACAACCUUUUUUGCAGGAAUUUUUCAGGCUGCCUUCGGACUAUUCAGGUUGGGGUUCCUUGUGGAUUUUCUGUCCCACGCUGCAAUUGUUGGGUUCAUGGCGGGGGCAGCCAUUGUUAUUGGUCUCCAACAACUGAAAGGACUACUUGGGAUUACUCAUUUCACAAACAAAACUGAUGUGAUCUCUGUCGCCAAAGCUACUUGGACAUCAGUUCAUCAUUCUUCAUGGAAUCCUCAUAAUUUUAUCCUCGGAUGCUCGUUCUUGAGUUUCAUUCUCACGACAAGAUUCAUUGGUAAAAGGAAAAGGAAACUCUUCUGGCUUCCUGCAAUUGCUCCUCUGGUUUCUGUUGUUUUAUCAACCCUAAUUGUUUUCCUGACGAGAGCUGACAAACAUGGAGUAAAGAUUAUAAAACACAUCAAAGGAGGCUUAAAUCCAAGCUCAAUCCAUCAGCUACAGUUCAAUGAUCCACAAAUUGGACAAAUAGUUAAAAUUGGAUUUAUAGUUGCUCUUGUUGCUCUUACGGAAGCAAUUGCAGUGGGCCGGUCUUUUGCAUCCAUUAAAGGAUACCAUAUUGAUGGAAACAAAGAAAUGGUGGCAAUUGGAAUGACGAACAUUUUAGGAUCUUUCUCUUCUUGCUAUGUUGCAACAGGAUCAUUUUCACGCAGCGCUGUAAAUUUUACUGCUGGUUGUGAAACUGCAAUGUCAAAUAUUGUGAUGGCUAUUACAGUGAUAAUAUGCUUGGAAUUUUUGACAAGGCUAUUGUACUUCACCCCAACUGCCAUACUUGCUUCAAUUAUUCUUUCUGCUCUACCAGGACUUAUUGACCUCAAUGAAAUCUACAAUGUUUGGAAGCUCGACAAGCUAGAUUUUCUUGCUUGCAUUGGGGCCUUGUUCGGAGUGUUAUUCUGUUCGGUGGAGAUAGGCCUACUCGCUGCGGUGACUGUGUCGUUUUUUUUUUCCCCCCCCUUUUCCCCUCUAAUGAAGCUUGGAAGCACCUCCAAUGUCCAUGCGUUUAACUUUACUGUGCGAAGUUGCAGGUGA